AUGCACUCGGCAAGGACACUGGCAACUGCGAUUGGUGAUUGUGGCGUCGUCGCCAGCAACAGCCUCAUCUACGGCAUCCCUCCUUUUGAUGCAACUCCCACCACCUCUGUGCUCAUCAUCAGCCCAUCCACAACAACAGCAACAGCAGCGGUGACAGCAGCAGUGGAUGAAACGACCACCAUCAACAGUCUGCAAGCCGGUGUGACCACUGAUCGCAGCACGAAUACAGCAGACACCACCAUGCUUGGUGAGCUGCAACACGGCGGAUGCAAGUGGAUCAGCGGCGUGGCUGCGGACAAUGGCCUUUUCCUGCCACGGCAUUCCAUGCAACUCGCCAUUCAUCCUCAUCGUCGAUCCAGCCGCAAUGAAUUCCACCACCGUGACGGCCUCGAUGUGUCCAUGCCACUCUUCUCCAUGGUGACAUUCAUUCACACCGGAGCAGUGACGCGUUUCGCCCACACACACACAGGAAAUACCUCGUCAUCUACUGACGCACUAUCAAGUCUGCUCAUUCUGAUGCCAUGCGCAACCACCUCCCCAAGCUGCACAACGACAGGGACAUUGUGUUGGUGUGCGCGUGCCGGUGGUUUGGCGAAGAGCGCAUGGGCCGUGAGGGGGAAGGUUGGAUAUGACCCCUCAUGUAAGCAGGCAGAGGAAGAGUUCAACAAGUACACGUACACGGAGCUGGCGCUGGAGACCAAGUUUGGGCUCAUCGUGGAAGGAUUUGGCUAUCACCCCUUGAUGCGUGCGUGCGUGCGUGCGUGUCCCUAUCAGGACCUGCUGGACUGGGAGACGUUCAGCAUUCGCAUUCCCCGAGCACAGGCUCCUCGAGGUGUGCUUCCGAGGGUCCUGCGGUCGACCCCUGAUGAGGUGGUAGGGAUGAUGCAGAGACGCGUUGUGUUUGUGUUUGAGGAGUUCUUCAAGUCUCUCUCCACCCAAGUGCACACAGCGCUGGAGUCUGCCAGGAUCAACCUGUUUAGUGGCGAGAACGCGUGGCAGAGGGCCCUUUGA